AGCUCUGCCAGAUUGAACAUUCCUGCUCUAAAUAACAGACAUAAAUAAGGAUAAAAAUAGGGAUAUGUGGGAACCGCCGCGACUGAGCGCAUCCUUGCGCACCAAAACGGAGCUGGAGGCCCGGAGCCGCCGCUUCAAUAUCCUGCGCCAGGCGCGAACUGCCUCCACGGCGUCCACGACGACACACAGCCAAGACAAGGAGGAGCAGACCAUCGCCAAGCUGCUGGCCCAGAUGCCGCUGGGGAAGCAACCCGCCGCCAAGGUGCAGCUGCAGAAGCUGCGCAACCUUGUCCAGGAGUGCAUGGGCUACGAAGAACAGCCACAGGUGGUGGAGCACGCCGCCCUCUACCUCUUCUGGCUGCUCCUCGAGCAGCGGGUGCUCCUGGUGGCCACCACCCACCGGCUGCACGGCACCUUCGGCCAGACCUUCGACCGCAAGAAGACCCAAAUCCACGACUGCGUCCUGGCCAUCGGCGAUCUGCUGGAGGAGCACGAACGGGCCGGGCUCAAACGCUGGCAGCAGGCGCAGCGCAAGGCCCCUGGAGUGGGUCCUCUUUGGGGCGCCCACAUCCACGUGAAGUGCACGCCCUCGGAGUGGAUGGACAUCAGCCUGCUGACGGACCUGGCCCCGGAUGCCCUGCUCAAGAACCGCACCGUCAACAAGUUCUCCAUGAAGUACAAAUCCAAGACUGCACCGGCGGUGUCCAAGAGCACUGAGGCCGCCAAGCUGAGUCCGGAGUUGCAGACCCUGCUGGGGAUUUCGGAAAAACUGGACGACGAGCACCUGUUGAAUCGCGUGGGUGACAUUCUCGGCUCCAAGCGCAGCAGUGAGGAGCUUCAGAACGAGCUCAUGGAGCUGCUGGGCUUCGAUCACUUUGAACUGGUGGGAAAGCUGCUCCAAGAGCGCGACAAGAUUGCCCGGCAAUUGGACCAGUUUGCCACUCGAUCCCGGCGUGUCAAGGAGGUGAAACAGAAGCGCGUCCAGACGGCGGCCAGUGGAGGAGCGGCUGAGCGACGACCCACUGUUGCCAGCGCCGUGGUGGUGCAAUCAGCCCAGGAGAAGCAGCUGGGCAAGAUGCAGCGACGGGAGGAGAAGAAGCUGCAGCGCAUCAUGCGAAGCAUCAAGGACGAAGAGCCAGAAGACGAUCCGAACUGUGCGGUGGCCGUUUCCGUCCAGCAACUGCGCAUGCAGCAUCAGCGAAAGCUUCUGGAGGCAGCCCAACGGGAGCCAUUGCUGCUCAGCACCAAGGCGGCAAAGGCGGAGCAUAAACAGUCCUCGUACAACCAGCCCAUCCACUACCCUUAUGUGUUUGACAGCCAGCUUUUGGCGAAACAGCACGCCGGAUUCAUUGGCGGCAGCCGGAUAACAUUGCCCGACAAUGCCCAGCGUGUGGACAACAAGCAGUGGGAGGAGGUCAAGAUCCCGGCAAGCGAACCACCUCCACUUACUGUCGGCAAUAAGCGCAUCAAAAUCGAAGAGCUGGACGACGUGGGAAGACUGGCCUUUGCCAACUGCAAGGAACUCAAUCGCAUCCAAUCAGUGGUAUAUCCAGUGGCCUACCACAGCAACGAAAACAUGUUGGUGUGUGCGCCCACGGGAGCCGGAAAGACCAACGUGGCCAUGUUAUCCAUUGUACACACAAUCCGUUGUCACCUGGAGCAGGGAAUAAUCAACCGGGACGAGUUCAAAAUCGUGUACAUAGCUCCAAUGAAGGCUCUGGCUUCCGAAAUGGUUGAUAACUUCUCCAAGCGCCUGAAAUCUCUACAAAUCGUUGUGCGCGAACUGACGGGCGACAUGCAACUGACCAAGGCGGAGAUGGCAGCCACCCAGAUACUGGUCACCACGCCGGAGAAGUGGGAUGUGGUCACCAGAAAGGGUAGCGGAGAUGUGGCUUUGAUAAGCCUGGUAAAACUACUCAUCAUUGAUGAAGUUCACCUGCUGCACGGCGAGCGAGGCCCGGUUGUGGAGGCACUGGUGGCCCGCACCCUCCGCCUCGUCGAGUCUUCGCAGUCUAUGAUUCGCAUUGUGGGUCUAUCCGCCACCCUGCCAAAUUACAUCGAUGUGGCCCAUUUCCUGCGUGUGAAUCCCAUGAAGGGCCUCUUCUAUUUUGACUCCCGCUUCCGACCUGUUCCACUGGACACCAAUUUCGUUGGCAUUAAGUCGGUCAAGCCACUGCAGCAGAUCGCCGACAUGGACCAGUGCUGCUACCAGAAGUGCGCCGAGAUGGUGAAGGAAGGCCACCAGGUAAUGGUCUUCGUCCAUGCCCGAAAUGCCACUGUACGAACGGCGAAUGUGAUCCGCGAACUAGCCCAGCAGAACAAUACCAGUGCCAUCUUCCUGCCCAACGACUCGAAUGCCCACGGACUGGCCAUGCGAUCGAUACAGAGAAGCCGGAACAAGCAGCUGGUGGACCUGUUCUCCUGCGGCCUGGCCAUGCAUCAUGCGGGAAUGUUGCGCGCGGACCGUCAGAUGGUUGAGAAGUACUUUGUGGAUGGCCACAUCUCGGUACUGGUCUGCACGGCCACCCUCGCCUGGGGUGUCAAUCUGCCGGCACACGCAGUCAUUAUUCGAGGUACGGAUAUCUACGAUGCCAAACACGGCAGCUUCGUGGACCUGGGCAUUCUCGACGUGCUGCAGAUCUUUGGACGCGCCGGUCGACCGCAAUUCGACAAAAGUGGAGUGGGUACCAUCAUCACCAGCUAUGAUAAGCUCAACCACUACCUGUCGCUGCUAACCAAUCAAUUUCCCAUCGAGUCCAACUUUGUAAAUUGCCUGGCUGACAAUCUCAAUGCGGAGAUCGGUUUGGGCACCAUUACCAAUGUGGAGGAAGCUAUCGAGUGGCUCAGUUACACUUACUUGUUUGUGCGAAUGCGAAUCAAUCCCCAUGUCUACGGCAUAGAGUAUGCGGAACUGCAGAAGGAUCCCACGCUGGAGGCACGCCGCCGAGCUCUCAUUAUGUCCGCCUCGAUGAGUCUGGACAAGGCUCGGAUGAUGCGCUUUAACCAGCGUACCAUGGACAUGAAUAUAACUGAUUUGGGCCGCACUGCCUCGCAUUUUUACAUUAAGUACGAUACUGUAGAGACUUUCAAUGAGCUGAUGAAGCCAUUUAUGAACGAGGCUGAGAUAUUGGCCAUGAUUUCCCAGGCGCAGGAGUUCCAGCAGCUUAAAGUACGCGAUGAUGAAAUGGAAGAACUGGACGAGCUGAGGAGCUACUAUUGCAAGAUAAAGCCUUACGGAGGUAGUGAGAAUAUUCACGGCAAGGUCAACAUUCUUAUUCAGACAUAUCUUUCCAAUGGCUAUGUGAAGUCCUUCUCACUAAGCUCGGACAUGUCCUACAUCACCACAAAUAUAGGAAGAAUUACUAGGGCCCUGUUUUCCAUUGUAUUGAGGCAGAAUAAUGCGGUACUAGCAGGACGCAUGCUGCAGCUUUGCAAGAUGUUUGAACGUCGGCAAUGGGAUCUUGACAGCCACCUGCGACAGUUCCCAGCGAUUAACGCCGAAACCAUCGACAAGUUGGAACGCCGUGGCUUGAGUGUCUACCGGCUAAGGGACAUGGAGCAGCGGGAACUGAAGGAGUGGCUGCGAAGCGAUCGCUAUGCCGAGCUGGUUAUCCGCUCCGCACAGGAGUUGCCCAUGCUGGAGGUGGAGGCGAGUUUGCAGCCUAUCACUCGAACGGUGCUGCGUAUUAAGGUUGACAUCUGGCCCAGUUUCACGUGGAACGACCGCGUUCACGGCAAGACGAGCCAGAGCUUCUGGCUGUGGAUAGAGGAUCCCGAGUCCAACUACAUUUACCACUCGGAGCUGUUCCAGGUCAGCCGGAAGUUGGUGAUGAGCGGUCAGGCACAGCAGCUUGUGAUGACCAUCCCUCUGAAGGAGCCACUGCCGCCGCAAUACUAUAUUCGAGUGAGCAGCGAUAGCUGGCUUGGCAGCACCACCUGCAUACCACUGUCAUUCCAACACCUAGUUCUGCCAGAACAUCAUCCGCCGCUGACGGAACUUCUGCCUCUCCGCCCGCUGCCAGUCAACUGCCUCAAGAACGUCCUCUACGAGUCGCUCUACAAAUUCACACACUUCAAUCCCAUUCAGACGCAAAUCUUCCACUGCCUUUACCACACUGAUAACAACGUGCUUCUAGGCGCUCCCACCGGCAGUGGCAAAACAAUCGUAGCGGAGAUAGCGAUCUUCAGGGCACUCAACCAGAAUCCCAAGUGCAAAGUGGUGUACAUCGCUCCGCUUAAGGCUUUGGUGAAGGAGCGCAUCUCGGAUUGGGAGCAACGUUUCCAGCGCUCUUCGCUGGGCCUAAAAGUGGUGGAACUGACGGGCGACGUUACUCCAGACAUCCAGGCUAUUCGGGAGUCGCAGCUAAUCGUGACCACGCCGGAGAAGUGGGAUGGAAUCAGUCGCUCCUGGCAGACACGCGAGUAUGUGCAGCAUGUUUCCCUGAUCGUCAUCGAUGAGAUCCACUUGCUGGGCGAGGAUCGAGGACCGGUCAUCGAAGUGAUUGUCUCGCGCACAAACUUCAUUAGUUCCCACACGGGUCGGGCUAUCCGAAUCGUUGGAUUAUCCACAGCCCUAGCCAAUGCCCAGGACCUGGCCAACUGGUUGGGCAUCACCAAAAUGGGUCUGUACAACUUUAAGCCCUCAGUGCGACCGGUUCCUUUGCAGGUGCAUAUCAACGGCUUCCCGGGAAAGCACUACUGCCCCCGAAUGGCCACCAUGAACCGACCCACAUUCCAAGCCAUUCGCACCUACUCCCCGUGUGAGCCCACCAUAGUGUUUGUCUCCUCGCGAAGGCAGACGAGACUGACUGCCCUGGACCUUAUCACAUUCGUGGCUGGUGACUCCAAUCCCAAGCAGUUCCUGCACAUCGCCGAGAAUGAAAUGGAGCUGAUCCUGCAGAACAUUCGCGACCAGAACCUCAAAUUCUGCCUAGCCUUCGGCAUUGGCCUGCAUCACGCCGGUCUGCAAGAGCAGGAUCGCAAGUGUGUGGAGGAGCUGUUCCUCAACCGGAAGAUCCAGGUGCUGGUGGCAACCGCCACGCUGGCGUGGGGUGUCAACUUGCCUGCCCAUCUGGUGGUGAUCAAAGGCACGGAAUACUUCGACGGCAAGGUGAAGAAGUACGUGGACAUGCCCAUCACGGAUGUGCUGCAAAUGAUGGGUCGAGCUGGACGGCCGCAGUUUGACAACGAAGGCGUGGCAGUGGUCCUGGUGCACGACGAAAAGAAGAACUUCUACAAGAAGUUCCUAUACGAUCCAUUCCCCGUGGAGUCCAGUCUGCUGGGUGUGCUGCCGGAGCACAUUAACGCCGAGGUCGUGGCCGGAACAGUUCAGUCAAAGCAGGCGGCCUUAGACUACCUUACGUGGACGUACUUCUUCAGGCGGCUACUCCGGAAUCCGUCGUACUAUCAGCUGCAGGGCGUGGAGCCGGAGAACGUCAACGCCUUUAUGUCCAAUCUGGUGGAGCGCGUGGUGUACGAACUUUCCGGUGCCGCCUGUCUGGUGGAGCGUGAUGGAUGCCUGGUGCCAACCUUUUUGGGGCGAAUCAGUUCCUACUACUAUCUGUCGUACCGCACAAUGAAGCACUUUCUGGAGGACCUGCAGCCGGGCAUGAGCACCAAGGAAGUUCUCCUCGCCAUCGCCGAUUCCUACGAAUUCGACCAGCAACCCGUCCGUCACAACGAGGACAAGUACAACGAGCAGAUGGCCGAGAUGAGUCGCUUCAGGCCUCCAUCUGCCUCCUGGGAUUCUCCGUACACCAAAACGUUUUUGCUACUCCAGGCCCACUUCACCCGCCAGUCGCUUCCGAAUUCGGACUACCUGACGGACACCAAGUCAGCCCUGGACAACGCCACUCGAGUGAUGCAGGCCAUGGUGGACUACACGGCGGAACGGGGAUGGCUAUCCACCACCUUGGUGGUGCAGCAGCUGAUGCAAUGCGUCAUCCAGGCCCGCUGGUUCGAUGGCAGCGAGUUCCUCACACUGCCAGGAGUAAACGAGGAAAACCUCGAUGCCUUUUUGAGCAUACCACACGAUGAUCACGACUAUUUGACACUGCCCGUUCUUAAGGAGCUGUGCAGAAAGGAGUACGAAGUACUGGCAAGACCGCUGCGAGAUGCCUUUGAGGAGCACAAAAUCGAGCAGAUGUAUAAGGUGAUCCAAGAUUUUCCUGAGAUAGCAUUGCAAAUAUCCGUAGAGGGUCGCUAUAUGGAGAACGAGUACGCCAAACGACCGCUGUCACUAUCCGAAGGCACAAAGGGCGAAUGGAUGCCACUGCAUGCCAAUGAGGAUUAUGUCCUCACAGUGAAUCUACAGCGUCUCAAUGCCGGUGGACAGCGGAGAGCUGGUGGCCAAAGCUACACGGUACACUGCCCCAAAUACCCCAAGCCCAAGAACGAAGCCUGGUUCCUGACCCUGGGCUCACAGGCCAGUGACGAACUGCUGGCCAUGAAGCGGGUAUCGAUUCGCGGACAGCGCUGCUCCAACCGCAUAUCCUUCCAGGCGACUCCGCGACGCGGACGUCUGCAGCUCACUUUGUACUUGAUGUCCGACUGCCUGAUUGGCUUCGACCAGCAGUAUGACCUGCAAUUCGAGAUUAUCGAUGCGAAAGAAGUCUAGGGGUCCCAUUAGAAAGUAUAUCUAAGACGAAUAUCGUAGCAUUCUGUAGAUUUGAGGCUUAUCUUUUAGUAAAUGGUGUUUAGCGAUUAUUCGAUGAGUGGCCGGAAUGAAUUCCCGUUGAUUCAUAUGUCUUAUGAACGUCUUUCACAGCCACUGUUAGAGGACCUUAAGUUUGUAGUAAAACUGAACUUGCGUAUUUAUUGUGUGAUCCUCCAAAUAUGUAUAACAUUUUUAUCAUUAGUAACUUGCUUCGUCACGAAGCUUCUUUGUUAUUCGACCAUGAUGAACUGGCAUGCAUAAAUGAAAAACUUUCUAUGAAUUUAAGAUGUAAUGAUUUUUAUUAAAUGAAGUUAAUAAAUUUUGU